GCACAGUUUUGCGUAUAUUUGGUAACAGAAAUAGCAAAAUACAAGCACACCCCUUCUCCGCAAAUGCAAGCUGGCCUCCGAGUCUCGAUUCCAUCUUCUGCUCUCAUCACCCAUUGUUCUCUAAUCUCUUGUCUUUAGAGCAUCGAGGGCAUCAUGCAGUUCAGGAGUAUUCUUUUCUCUUUCUUCCUCAUCUUCGUGCUUGGAGUGGCCUUGGUCCACGGCGAGGAGGCCAAGCAGCCACGGGGACCUAAGGUCACCAGUAAAGUCUACUUUGAUAUCGAGCACGGUGACAAGCCAUUGGGUCGCAUUGUGCUUGGAUUGUACGGCAAGACUGUUCCUAAGACCGCUGAGAACUUUCGCGCUCUGGCUACCGGCGAGAAAGGCUUCGGCUAUGAGGGUUCCUCUUUCCACCGUGUUAUCAAGGACUUCAUGAUCCAGGGUGGUGACUUUACUCGUGGUGAUGGCACCGGCGGUAAGUCGAUCUACGGUAACAAGUUCGAGGACGAGAACUUCAAGAUAAGGCACACUAAGAAGGGCCUUUUGAGUAUGGCCAACGCCGGCAAGAACACCAACGGUUCUCAGUUCUUCAUCACUACCGCUAUUACUGCGUGGUUGGAUGGCCGUCACGUCGUCUUCGGUGAAGUCCUCGAGGGCUAUGAGAUCGUCGAGCAAAUCGAGAAUGUCCCCAAGGGCCGCGGUGACAGCCCGGCGGACAAGGUCAAGAUUGCCAAGAGCGGAGAGCUCAAGGAGGAGAAGGAGACCCAAGCCUCCGACGACGAUAACAAAGACGAAGUAGUAAAAAAAAUUUCCGACAAAGCAUCACCAACUGAAGUUUCCUCUUAUUUCUACCAACAAUUGACGCUGCUGUUUGUGAUGGUGGCCAUUGUUGGGUUCUUGGUGUACCGCCGGAAGGGACGAGUGGCGGGGAAGAUGAAUGAGCGUACGGUGGUGUAGAGUUGUGUAUGCGCUUUUGUACUCUUUAUUGUGUUCAUUAUUGUAUGUAUGCGUGUCUAAAUAUAUCAGAGUGCGUCAUUACUCAGUGUUCAGAUCGUAUCUGCCCUGCAUCUGUGCAGGAGCGGUCAGCAGUGGCAAUGUUGGCACUACUGAUAGGGCUACCAGUAGUACUCCGUAGACACGGCAACAUUACAAUAGAGAGUUGUAAAUAGAUAUCUCCUAUUAAGGGAUAUGAGAUCUGUGUUUGGGCGAUACAUGACUUGUGCAUUUUUUAUUUUUUAUUUUAGAGAACGGAG